AUGUCUUUCCUCCGUCGUGUCAUCCCCGCGCGAGUCGCAAACAAUGGCUCUCAACAACGCGACCACCACGCCAACGAGCGUACUUUCCUCUCAUGGACGCGUGCAGGUCUCGGAUUCGCCGCUAUGGCCCUUGCACUAGAUCGUCUUGACGCGAUUGAUAAAGUUUUAUGCUCGAAAUUUGGUCUAGGGCCCCUUGGACCCUCUAUUCAAGAUCAGAACUUGAACCAAAUUCAGAUUCAGAAUCAGAACCAAAGCCAGGAUAAUGCGGAUCGUGAUUCUUCCACUCUGGCGAACGCUAUACCCUCUGUACAGACUCUGCCGGGUCCUUUGGCACAUGCUUUUCCGGCUUCUAGACUUUGUCAAGUCUUGGGUGUUUGGUGCUUGGGAUAUGGAUUCUUUCGGUACUGGUCUAUGAGACGAUAUCUUCUUGUAGGACAGUUUGUGCCUGCAUUUUGGGGACCGGUGUUUAUGACUUGUGGUAGCUUUGGGGCGUUUAUGGCUUUGGGAUUACAGGUUGAUCGGAAGGCUUUCCUGGUGAAUAUUUGA